UCGGCACUCACCACAUCUCUUGUUUCCUCUUAAGUCUUAAAGGUCCCUCCUUUCAUCUCUACCAACUUCUGCUCGAGCUAUGGAACUUGCGCACUUCAGCUUUCCGCAAGAUCUGACACUGGCAUGCCGUCUCCUUCUCUCUCUCGUUCUUGCACUGUGCUCCGUCCAAGCCUCCUCCGCCACAAAUGAAACCGACAAGCUCGCGCUGCUCGCAUUCAAGGCCGCGGUCAAAGACCCUUACGGGGGGCUUGCUUCAUGGAAUGACACCAUCGGGUUUUGCGGUUGGUACGGGGUCACAUGCGGCCCGAGGCACCGGAGGGUCACGGUCCCGCGCUUGAAAUCGCUAGGACUCUCGGGGCCCAUCUCUCCUCACAUCGGAAACCUAAGCUUCUUGAGUGAAAUUCAUCUCCAGAAUAAUAGUCUCGUUCGAGAAAUCCCUCCGCAAGUCGGGCGGUUGCGCCGGCUGCGUUUGCUACAGCUAGACAACAAUUCACCGGCCGGCGAAAUUCCCAGAAACAUGUCGGCUUGCUCAAAGCUCGAAGUCCUCAGCAUUGCAUUCAACCAACUAACCGGAGUAAUUCCCACAGAACUCGGUUCAUUAUCGAAGCUACGAGGUUUGUCCUUCUAUAAAAAUGCACUCUCCGGGAAUGUGCCUUCCUCCUUGGGGAACUUAUCUUCACCGCAGAUUCUUGAACUCACGGAAAAUAACUUGGGCGGGAGCAUUCCCGAAGAUCUAGGCCGCCCGACAAGUUUAGAUACUAUCAUUGUCGGGGCAAACAGAUUGUCCGGUACAAUUCCGUCUUCAUUGUUCAAUCUCUCCUCUCUAACCGAGUUCGACGUUUUAAACAACCGGAUACAAGGGAAGGUCAUCGAAGCCGGAAAUAACACGCUUUCGGGGAAAGUGCCCUCUUUCGGAAAUAUGCAUCGGCUUAGGCGUUUUGCCAUCUUUGAUAACCAGCUGGGAAGUGGGAAUUCUGAAGACUUGAGCUUCGUAUGCUCAUUGACAAACUCCACCGGACUAGAGUUCUUCGGAAUUGAUCCGAACAGACUCGGCGGGGCACCGCCCAAAUGCAUAGGUAAUUUCUCGCGCGCUCUCAAGUCGUUCAGCAUGAAUGAGAACCUUAUGUUUGGUGAGAUUCCCGGAGAGAUUGGAAGUCUAGUCAACCUGUACCGGUUAGGUAUGUAUGCCAACAAGUUUUCGGGUGAGGUCCCCUCAAAUUUCGGGAAUCUACAAAAUCUAGAGGUAUUGCAGCUAAUCGAUAACAACCUGGGAGGGACGAUCCCAACUUCUUUAGGAAAUCUAACCAAGUUGAUCACACUAGGUCUCGGUUGGAACAACUUUCAUGGGGAAAUUCCUUCACAUCUGUCAAAGUGUCAAUCUCUGCAGUGGCUUGAUCUUUCUAAUAAUAAUCUCGGUGGUACCAUACCCCCACAGCUCAUAGGUCUCUCCUCGAUAACAAUUAUUUUGAACUUGUCCCGGAACCAUCCGAGUGGGGUUCUACCCAUGGAAGUAGGGAACUUGAAAACUCUGACCGAGUUAGACAUCUCCGACAACAUGUUGGUAGGUGAAAUCCCAAAUAGUUUAGGGGAUUGUAUUGGAUUGACCUCGCCGAGGAUGGGGGGCAACUUUUUCCGUGGGUCCAUUCCUCAAUCGUUCGUAUCGUUAGGAGGUAUUGAAGAGCUAGAUCUUUCACGCAACAAUUUGACGGGUCAGAUUCCAGAAUUUUUAGCACUAUUUCGGUCCUUGAAACUUUUGAAUUUGUCUUACAAUAGCUUUGAAGGCAUGCUACCGCUUGAAGGAGUCUUUAAGAAUGCUACCGCGACUUCUAUUAUUGGAAACGAUGAGCUUUGUGGGGGAUUGCCAGCAUUUCACCUCCCCAAGUGCAUCUCCAAACGCUCCAAGAGAAGAAAAAUCCAUAUAUUGGUAUCGUCGGCUUGUGCUACUUUCGUCAUUCUUGGAAUAGCUCUUUCUCUGGUUUUUCUAUAUCUUCGUUGGUUGAAGAAGAAAGUAAAAGAACCGAUUUCAACUUCCAUGGAUGAUUCAUGUCCAAACAUAUCUUAUCGAGCACUCUUAAAUGCAACCGAUGAUUUUUCUUCUAUGAAUUUGAUCGGUGUUGGAAACUUUGGCUUUGUUUACAAGGGGAUACUUGAGGAAAAUGGUACAACCGUUGCAGUGAAGGUGCUUCAUUUAGUGCAUCGUGGUGCUCUGAAGAGCUUCCUGGCGGAGUGCGAGGCAUUAAGGAACGUGAGACAUCGAAAUCUUCUAAAGAUAUUGACGGUUUGCUCGGGUAUUAAUCAUCAGCAAAAUGAUUUUAAGGCCUUAGUUUAUGAGUACAUGGAAAAUGGAAGCCUCGAAAGGUGGCUACACCCAAACCCAACACCAUCUCACAGGAAUGAGCCUACCCGGACAUUGAAUUUCUUUCAAAGGAUAAACAUUGCUAUUGAUGUCGCCUUUGCACUGGAUUAUCUUCAUCUCCAUUGCCACAUCCCCAUCAUACAUUGUGAUCUAAAGCCGAGCAAUAUCCUCUUAGAUGCUGAGAUGGUCGCCCAUGUUGGUGACUUUGGAUUGGCAAAGUUCCUCCUUGGAUCAUCCUCAGAUACCGUGGCUAAUCAAACGAGCUCAAUGGGCAUAAGAGGAACAAUCGGUUAUGCUCCACCAGAAUAUACAAUGGGAUGCAAGGUGUCAAGAGAAGGCGACGUCUACGAUUACGGUAUCCUCUUAUUGGAGAUGUUCACGGGGUUGAGUCCCACCGAUGACACCUUCAGAGAUGAUUUGACUCUUCAUAGCUUUGUGGCAGAAGCUUUGCACGAACGAGUGCUGGAAAUUACGAAUCACAUUCUGCUCCAAGAAAGAGAGAAUCAUUCAAGCCCCAACGGUCCUCGGCGUUGGCUCUCUGAAAGCGACGGCAUAUUUCAAGAGUGCUUGGUUACAGUAUACAACAUUGGAGUCGUUUGCUCCAAUGAAGUGCCUGGAAGGCGGAUGAGCAUCAGCGGAGCUGCAAAUCAGCUGCAAAAGAUCAGAGAGAAACUCUUUGCACGGGGUUAA